AUGUCCAACAAUGUCAAAUACAAAAUGCGACUAAAAACCGAUUCUUCUAUAGAAAAAACAUUCGAAAAUUCACUUGUCAAUGACAUGACUUAUUGGAGGAAGGUUUUGAGUCGUGUUGUAGAGGUUAUCAAAUUCCUAAGCUCAAGGGGUCUUGCGUUACGUGGUCACGAUGAAAUUCUUGGGUCCAAACAUAAUGGAAACUUUCUUGGAUGUUUGGAGCUGUUAAGCAAAUUCGAUCCAUUUUUGGCAGAACAUAUCACACGUUUUGGCAAUAGAGGAAAAGGAAGAGCUUCGUACCUUUCAAGUUCAAUAUGUGAUGAAUUCAUAUCGAUUAUGGGAAAAGGUGUGAAGGAAAAAAUCGUUUCGGAGAUAAAAGAAGCCCGUUAUUAUUCAUUUAGCAUUGACUCUACUCCGGAUGUGAGCCAUACGGAUCAGCUGUCACUAUGUUUUCGAUACGUAAAAGGCCGUGACAUUCAUGAACGGUUUAUUGCUUUCAUUCCAAUUGAAGGUCACACAGCAGACUAUCUUUUGUCUAUCGUUUUGAAUUUCCUAGAGGAGAGUAAAAUUGACAUGCAAAACUGCAAAGGCAUUUCAUUUGAUAACGCUUACAAUUUGGCUGGAAUUUAUGGUGGCCUUCAGCGUUUGAUUAUUCAACGAAAUGAAUCGGCGAUUUUCGUGCCUUGCACUGCUCACUCACUGAACUUAGUGGGUAAAAAUAGUGUUUCUAAAAACAUUACCGCAUCUAAUUUUUUUGAUAUGAUCGAAAAAUUGUAUGGUUUUUUUGUUUAUUCAUCUUUUCGUUGGAAUCGACUCAAAGAACAAUUGUCCGAGAAAGGCGAAUUUAUGUUAAAGAGAGCAACUGGCACAAGGUGGUCGGCUAAAUUCCAAUCAGUUCAAGCUUUGCACUCAUGUUACUUGAAAGUGUUAACUGUUUUGAAUUCUCUCAUUUCUGAAAAAAGCCUCAGUGAAGAUAACAAAGCAUCGGCAAAAGGUUUGAUAGCCAAAUUGUGCCAAUUUAAAAAUAUUUUAAUGCUUGUCUUGUGGAAAAGUGUUUUGACUAAAUUUAACUUUGUAAAUUUAGCUUUACAAAAACCAAAUCUGACUCUUUCGACGAUCACAAAACUAUAUGCUUCAAUAGUUACAGAUCUUGAAAACAAGGAUUACAACAAAAUUUUCGAUGAAGCCUUGACAAUUUUCGACAAUAUUCCUUCUGAUUUUCAAGCAGAUUUUAUUCAGUCUCGUUCAACAGCGCAAGCACUUGUUCCAGAAGAUGAGAAAGAAAAUUUUAAAAAAUCGUUAUUCGAACCUGUUAUCGAUGCUCUGUUAUCAAAUUUGAAAAAACGUGCUGAUAUUUAUAAUGAUUUGGAAGACUUUUUCUCAUUUUUAAUAAAUUUAAAUUCAAUGAGUGACGAAGACAUUGCUGUAUCAUGUAAAAAAGUAGUCGAAAAGUAUCCAAAUGAUCUCAAUGAAGUUCAACUAACUGAUGAAUGUCAAUUUGCCAAAAAUUACUUUACUUUUGAUAACUUAAAUCAUGAAUCGAUGUACAAAACAAUGUUCGAUGAUCAUCUUUGUGAAACUUUCCCGAAUUUAGACAUUUUAUUACGCAUUUAUUUAUGCAUGUUUGUCACUAAUGUUACAGAUGAAAGAUCAUUUUCAAAAUUGAAAUUGAUAAAAAAUUGUUUGCGUAACACUAUGGGAGAUGAUCGUUUGAACAGUCUAUCAGUUCUUUCCAUUGAAAAUAACUUGUUGGAUGAAUUAAACUUUGAUGAAAUUAUUGAUAAGUUCGUAACACUCAAGUGCAGAAAAGUUGUGGUUUAAUUUUGUUGGGCAAAUAAA